AUGAAAGGGAUCAAGUUCAUUUUUAUGGCCCUAGCCGCAGCUGUGGCCCAAGGUAUCUCUGACAAUUCCCAGUGGUCUAAUGAGCAUGUGGUGACCUCCUUGUCCCUUCCUGAUCUGGAUUUGAAAACUUCCAUGAAGAGCCUGAAAGAUUGGAAGCUGAAUGGAGAUGUCAAGCUGGAUGAAGGGAGAAUUAUUCUUACUCCCAAACCAGAAAUAGUCUCUCUUAAUGACAAAAAGAAGCAGAUCAAGGGAUCUAUUUGGACUGAAUAUGGGUUUGGGUUGAACCAGUUUACAAUUGAAGUAACCAUGAGAUCAUUGGGUUCAAUUGGGAGAACUUCUUCUGGGCUUAGUUUAUGGCUUGUAGAUGACCAAGCGGGUACCAUUUCACAAGAUCCAGGAAAUAAUUUUGGGGGCCCGGAAAAAUACAAAGGUUUACAAGUUUUGAUGGACUCUAAUGACGCUAAAUUGAAUUCUGUCACUAGGAGUUACUUGAUGGAUGGUGACUUUGAUAUAUCAAAGGCAUUUUCCGUAUGUAAUUUUCCUUAUCAGAACAGCAAUGUUCCGGUGAUUUUGAGGUUAAGUUACAAGAAAGGGAAUUUCAAGUUGACUAUCGAUAACAAGUUAUGUUUUCAGACAGACAAGAUAAGCAUACCUUUGGGCCGAUUUUGGACUUUUGGUAUAUCAGCCGUAACUCGUAACGAUCUUAAAGUUCAUGAACAAUUUGAAAUACUCAAGUUAAAGACAUUCAACGACGUGGUUGACACAGACGAUGAGGUAGACCUCCUUUUGGACCAGCCUUAUGCGACUACCACAAUCAUGGAACAAGCUUCUAAAGAAACUGCAGCCCCUGAAUCAAAGCCAAUAGUUUCCGAAUUUGGUAACUCGCAAGCUUUUAGAGAAAAAGAGUUGGAACUGAAAAACCAACUAGCGCAACAGAAAUCUGCAGAAGCACUCCCUUACAUCAUUGCUAAACUGGACACUCUGGAGUCAUUGGUAGAUGAGACCAAUCUUCUUAUAACAUCAUCGAACGAACAACCCCAUGGAGAUAUUCUCUUACAGCAGAUCAAUCGUCAAUUUCAUGAAGUUUUCAAGCAUAUCAGAUAUGUUAACGACAAGGUUGAAUUACUGUCCAGAUCUCCAGACUCAUCAUCAUCAUCGUCGUCAGUGACUUCAAGUAACGUAGAUGGCUUAAAACGGGACAUUCUUGCUCUUACAGAAACAGUUAGGGGACUAAGUGAAGAACAGAAAAUGGUGAUGCAGGCACUGCUACGUAUCAACGAUCUUGUAAAAACACCAUUGAAUCACGCAAAUGUGGUAACUCUUGAUGAGGUUGCCUCCAAAAUGAAAAUGUAUCUUGCUCCGCUACUCCUGAUAUUUAUCGUCAUAAUUGUUAUGAAUUACAGACUAGGAAAACAGAUUCGUCAUGCUAAAAUACUAUGA